AUGAAUAGGUAUCUUUAAGCCAAUCGCCUAGUCGCGUGAUUUUGAAAACGAGAUGUUCAUCUAAGUGCACCGCGUGCAUCGUGACUGUAAAUUGAAAAAAAAUCUGAAGCUUUGUUCCGGUCGAUUAAUUUACCGUUGCGUAACCCAUUGUAUAUUUCCCGACCCGUAUAUUUCGUCUCUUCACGGUCCAACACUCGGGACACGUGAAACUUUCGGACUCGCGGCUCUCAAAAUUACGUCGCACGCGGCGAACAGCAGGUAGUGCGAGGCGCGAGGAAGUGCAGGUGCAGCUGGCGCGCGCGAGUGCAGGUGAACCGUACCACGGGUUCGAUACGUCUUCUUUUUCCUUCCUCAUCGAUGGAUCUCCGUCCUUAUUGGGACGAAGUGUCACGGUUUGCUUGUCACGCGAGCUCGUCCGCUUCGGCGAUGACGUACGACGUGUAACGCCAUUGGACGGUGGUGCGAUCGGUGCAGCUGCCAGCGGCGAUAACCUCGGCGAUCGCGCCGACUCCUCGCGUCGAGAUCGGCGACGCGCAACCGAACGGGGCGUCCGCGGCAUGUAACCGAACUUGAAUGUGCAUGUCCAUGAUAUCAGUCUCCUCCUCGACGCAUCGCGCGUGGCCGUACGACCACAUCACGUCAAGCCUGUGUGAUGAUCCCCGUGACGGUGACGGUCAGCGAGUCGCAGUCGAAGCCAAGAUUCCGGGACGUCGAUAAGAUCCUGAUUUGUUGACGAAGACGAGGGACGUCCGGCUCGGAAAAUGACGGAGAGUCUGAUAAACGAGUGGCUGACGGACUGCAAGGAUGUCGCGCCGUCGGAGCUGCACAUGUUCGCCAGGACGCUCUCGGAGGACAACGAGAUCGUACGGGCGCUCUAUGUGCUCCUGGAGGAGCGCACCAAGUAUAGCGAGUUAAUGGACGAAGUGUGUAACCAGUUGUAUAAUUUUUAUCGAUCUCGGGAAAUAGAGUUACAACGGUUUACUCUGCAAUUUCUACCGACAUUAAUACAUAUUUAUUUAAAUUCAGCUGCACAUGGUGAUAUUAAGAGUUGUCGCUCGCUUGAGACUCUAUUAAUUGGAUUAUAUAAUUUGGAAGUGGUUGAUAAAUCAGGACAACAAAAAGCGAUCUCAUUUAGACUACCAUCUCUUGCUAUGCUGUCUAUAUAUCACGAGCCUGCGAGUUUAGCACCAGCCUCAUUAACGGAAAGCGCGGUACGUCGCUUUGAAGAAUGUAACUCGAAACUUGUAAGCUGGGGCCCAUUGCAACAAGUAGAAACUUUAAAUGCGCAAAAUAGAUUGAAAGUUAUGACAGCUCUACUUUUUAUUUAUAAUCAACAACUUGGAUAUAUAAAUAAAUUUGCCUUAGAACAAUUAUGUAAAGUUGCAACAAAACUGGUUACUCAAGGGUUUAUGAAACCAGGACAUCAUCAACGUUCCUCAUACGGCAGUGAGUCUAGCUUUGUUCCAAGGCUUUUACCACGUAUACCAGUAUCCAGCCAAUUUCUCUUGGAAUUCUUGCAUGCUGUAUAUUUUGCCAUGUAUAACGAAUGCUGGUAUGUAGGAAAUCAAGCCAUAGAAGAUAUUCAUAAUAGAGCAUGUUAUGAAGCAUAUCCAAACGUAAUGUUAGUUACCAACGCAAUACGCAAUUCUGCCAGUUCUGGAGCACCAGGUCAACCGAGCGAUGGACCAAUUGGAAUUAGUGUUGCAUUGUCUCCAGCAACCGCUACACCAACCGUUUCAAAGUCUAUGAUCACAAAUGCUUCCUUCCGUACUAAGAAAUUACCAGAUGACAUACCAAUACAAGUUGUAAAAGAUGAAACUACCGGAGAGGGUAAAAGUAACCUGGUGUCAAUCAUGGAGGAACCAGAAGCCACAGAACCGAAUCGUAUUGGUUCCAUGAGACAAUCAAAGGAUCAAAAGACUGCCUCAAAGAUUACGAAUUUCCCUGUGCUCGGAAAGAAACCGAAAGAAAAAGAGGGAAAGCUAACGAAAAAUGCUCAUGUCACGUCGUCCGAGAAGGAGAAGAAGAUAGGCUCUCAGGCAACGUCGAAAGAGAAUAUUAAUAAAGGAAGUUUAUCAAUGUUAAAUAAUGAACAACCACCGGAAAUUGACGGAAACAUUAACGGAUGUGCGAUCCGAAAGAAAAAUAAUGUAGAAAAUAAUUCGAUCAUAAUAGAUCCGAAUGUAGCGUUAAUCGAAAGCGAGAGACUGGCGUUAAGUAGUGACGUUACCGAUGGUAGUAAUAUAGAAAAUUCUAUUAAUUUAAAAGCGCAUAAUGAAACAGAGUCUAUGGGUUCUUCAAUUCAAAUCAGCUCUGUUUAAUAACAAUAAAAGGUGUAAAAUAUAUAAAAAUAGUAAUGGGCUGAACAUGUUAAACAAAGCUGUUUUCUUCCAGCUAGCGAAAUCUUAUUAUAAAUCCAUGUAUAACGUAUACACGUUGCCUUUUCCUAGAAUUAUUUAAGAUCACACGCACUAUUUUCUCAACAAUGAUACAUAUAUAUUACCACUGCAUUGCGAUAUUUAUAAGGAUCAUAUAUUUUUCUUGACAUGUAGCAAAA